UGUUGGACGAUAACGCUGUACUGAUUAAACUCAGACGUCAAGGAAGCCAAAAUCCCUAGCUUACCACCAGCGACAAUCAUGGGUUUACUCUCAUGGUGGAAGGGCAAGAAAUCCCAACCUGAACCCAAGCCUAUCGAUAACUCCAAUACCAUGACGAAGACGAAGCCCACUGAGGCCCCCGGCAUGAACGGAGCUUUGGAGGUUUCCCGACCUACUAACCUCAGCCUCUCCGCUUUCGAGUUCGGCUCUGUCGCCGCUUCUGCUGACAAGGUCACCCUCGCUGGUUACUGCCCUGUCUCCGAAGAACUCGAGCCCUGCCACUGGGAGAUCCUGCCUGCCAGUGCCUCCGACGCUCCGCAGUUUCGCGUCGUCUUCGGUUAGAACUACAUACAUUUUACGCAUUUCUGGUUGGUUGAAUAAUCGAGCAUGAAUGCAGAUCACAAUGUGGAAGUGGUGAAGAAACAGGUCCUUCAUUUAAAUAUUUCAACUGUCAGUAUCGGCUCUUCUUGUCUCUUGGAUACUUAAUAUGUUAUAAAGCGAGGACAUGACAUCUGUUGUCAUCAACUCUUAACAUGCUAGACAAGUGUGCUUUGACAUUAAUGAGUCUCCACUUACUGGUAUAUUACGGCCAUGUUCUAAUGAA